UUACACAGGUUACACAAACAAAAGUACACUAAACUAACAUUGUGGACUUAUUAACAGUCUUUACUUUCUAGCGUCCUCUUAUCAAGAAAAUAUUACCCUUACAAGGUGGGAUGAUGUUUUUCUCUGUGACUCUCCUGAUUCUCUUCAGCUUCAUGAAAUUUCAAUCAGAGGGAUUAAAGCUGGUUGGUUCAGAUGCCCCUCUUGAUGCUGUAGCUGGUGAAGACCUGGUUCUGCCCUGUUUUAUCAAACCCCAAACCAGCGCUGUGCACAUGACAGUGGAGUGGAUUAGAGUAGAGGAUGUGGCUUCAGUAGUGCAUCUCUAUAGGGAUCAUGAAGACAGAAAUGAAAAGCAGGCUCAGUCCUACAGAGGAAGAACAUCACUGUUUAAAGAGGAGCUACAGAAAGGCAACGCUUCACUCAAACUCUCAGCUCUCCGAGUCUCUGAUGAAGGAAAAUAUAGAUGUCUCGUUGAGGACAAAUCCUGGUAUGAUGACGUCACUGUUCACGUCACUGUCGAGGUAAUUCUGGGAAGCCACCCGGUGAUCACGAUGGAGAGUUAUGAUCACUCAGGAGGGAUUAAUCUAGUGUGUGAGUCCAGAGGCUGGAACCCUGCACCUGAGGUUCUGUGGAUGAACAGAGAAGGAGACACUCUGCCUGCUGGAGAUACACAGAUACACAGAGACACUGAGGGCUUCAGUGUGAAACACCGCAUCACUGUUUAUGAUUAUAGCGACUCCAACAAGUUUUACUGCAGACUUCAACAACAACAUCACAUGAUGGAGGCAGAGGUUAUCAUUAAUAGUAAAGUCUUUAAUGCUUGGAAGUGGGUUGGGGGCAUUUCAGUUUUAGCAUGUCUUAUUGCUGUUGGAUGGAUAGUAACUGCAGUUAUCUGUUACAAGAAAGUGCUUCAAAGGCAGAAGCAAAAAGCAGAGCGGCAGAGACAGCGAUUGGAAUACGAGGUUCAAAGUCAGAAGCAAACAGCAGAGCUGCAGAGACAGAGAGUGGAAGACGAGCUUCAAAGUCAGAAGCAAAAAGCAGCCUCAGAGCUUCAGAAGGAGAAGGAAUACGCAGCCUCAGAGCUUCAGAAGGAGAAGAGAUAUGCAGAGCUGCAGAGACAGAGAGUGGAAUACGAGUUAAUAAAGAAGAAGAAGUUUUCAGUGGAUGUGACUCUGGAUCCUGAUACAGCUCAUCCUAAACUCAUCCUGUUUGCUGAUGGAAAACAAGUGAGACAUGGAGACACACAACAGAAUCUCCCUGAUACUCCAAAGAGGUUUAAUAAAUGUGUCUGUGUUCUGGGAAAGCAGAGUUUCUCCUCAGGGAGAUUUUAUUAUGAGGUGCAGGUCAGAGGGAAAACUGAGUGGAAUGUUGGCGUGGCCAAAAAGUCCAUUAACAGAAAGGGGGACAUUACACUGACUCCUCAGAGUGGAUUCUGGACUGUGAAACUGAGGAAUGAGAAUCAGUAUGAGGCUUGUGCUGGUCCCUCUGUCCGCCUCACACUGAGAGAGAAGGUGGAGAAGGUGGGGGUGUUUGUGGAUUAUGAGGAGGGUCUGGUCUCCUUUUAUGAUGUGAAGUCCAGCUCUCAUAUCUACUCUUUCACUGCUCAGUCUUUCACUGAGAAACUCUAUCCAUUCUUCAGUCCUUGUAGUAAUGAAGGAGGUAAAAAUUCAGCACCACUGAUCAUCACUCCUGUAUUUAACACUGAAUGAAUUUUCACCUCACAGAUUUAAUCAAUUAUUAAAUGGUGAGAAUUAAAAGAAACAUCUUACUUGUUCUGGUAAAUUUUAGAAAUACAUAUUCCUUUUUAAAGUGCUGUACAGUUUAUUUUAAUACCUGGGGGUUUGUUAUUUUCACAUAAAACAAAUCAUUUUAAUCCUCCAGUUUGUUUUUACAAAUUAUGAUUGUGGAACUUUAUUUCAAAUCAAAUAUGAAUAAAGAUCAUUUACAGUUCACACUGAGUUUUACUGCAGAAUUUAAUACGAUCAAUAAAAUGUAUGAAGUUUAGCUGCUGAUGUCUGUGUAGAUAAAACCGAACACCACUGAGUUUCUCCUUCAAAUUUCAUCAAACACAAACACAAUUACACUCAUUUUUUAUUUAGAAAUAAACAUGUAAGGGUUUUUCUCUUCUUAAAAAUAGUAAAGAAAUUAAUGAAUAAAUGAAUCAUCUAUCUGUGCUAAAUUCUGCCAAAGCUGUAUGACGUGGUCCAUCAGAAAACGUUCUUAUCUGAACAAAAAACAAAUUUCUUAAACGUAGGACAGCAGGGGGAAUCUCAUUAAUAUUCAUGAGAGAAGCGCUUUCUGAUUGGUCAGUGACGUGUUUCUGCUCUGACGUUUUAUGUUGCUGCAUAAGACCAUUUUGUGACUUUAGUGAAA